UAAUCUGAUUGGCUUGCUCGUCGGUGCGCGGCUGGCUAAUGGAGAUGGUUUAGGCCGUUGUCUGGCCCUGGGGUUGUCAGAGUGAAUCGUUCUGGUUUGGGGUCGUGGGAAGAUGGGAGUCCGAGCCUUGAGGGCUCUAUUGCUCCUCGGGUGUUAUUGUGGUGUCCUUGUUGCUGUGUUCUGGAUUCCCAGAGUCGAGGCUGCAGACGAUGGUGAUAAUGAAGAGGCCCAGCCAGUACCCAUGGAAGACCAGCAAUUGGAGUACCCCAAUGUAGCCGAGAUGGAUAUUGUGCAAGUUCCUGAAUUAAUGCAAGAGGACAGUGACGAAACCUCAGAGACUGAGCUUAUUCUUCCAGAGGACACUUUUCAUGAGUCUGACGUAAUUUCCGAGGAGACUCAGGAACCUUUAGUGCAAUCAAGUAGUGAGUUUAACUCUCCGCAUGAUGUGGAGUUUGAUAAAAUAAGUGAUGCAGUCACGGACAGCUCAUUGGGCAAAGAUACAGAUUCUCAUCAGAUGGGGACAGCUAAUGAUCCCGAAACCGAUACCCAGAAAACAGAGAGUGAUACCCCAAAAGCAGAACUACAAAAAACAGUAAUCACAGCCGUGGGAGGCACUGCCGCCGGAGAGCCCUGCCACUUCCCCUUCUUAUUCUUGGACAAGGAAUACUCGGAAUGCACAUCAGAUGGAAGAAAGGACGGGCGACUUUGGUGCGCAACCACCUACAACUACCAGAAUGACCGGAAGUGGGGAUUUUGUGAAACUGAUGAACAAGCUACAAAGAGACAGCAGAUGGAAGAAGCAGAGAACCUCUAUGAUCUGGGGAUGAAGAUUUUAAAUGAGAGCAGCAAAAGAACACAGAAGAAAGAGGCCUACCAGUAUUUUAUGAAAGCCUCUGAUAUGAAUCACAUCAAGGCGAUGGAGAAAGUCGCUUACGCGUUGCUCUUUGGGGACCCAAUAAAGCAGAAUAUUCACGCAGCCAAGGAUCUUCUAGAGAAGCUAACCGAAAAUGGAUCACCCAAAGGGCAAAUGGCUCUUGGGUUCCUUUAUGCUUCUGGCCUUGGUGUGAAUUCCAGCCAAGCAAAGGCCCUUGUUUACUACACCUUUGGGGCUCUAGGAGGGAAUUUGAUAGCUCACAUGAUUUUGGGCUAUCGAUACUGGGCUGGAAUUGGAGUUCUGCAAAGCUGUGAAUCUGCCCUCACUCAUUAUCGACUAGUAGCGAACCAUGUUGCUAGUGAUAUAUCUCUGACGGGCGGGACUGUGGUCCAAAGAAUUCGGCUACCAGACGAAGUAGAGAACCCAGGCAUGGCUAGCGGGAUGUUAGAGGAAGAUUUGAUCCAGUAUUACCAGUUCCUGGCUGAGAAAGGAGAUGUGCAAGCUCAGGUUGGUCUGGGACAGCUUCAUCUGCAUGGAGGGCGCGGUGUGGAGCAAAAUCACCAGAGGGCAUUUGAAUACUUCAAUCAAGCAGCUAAUGCGGGAAACUCUCAUGCAAUGGCUUUCUUAGGAAAGAUGUACUCUGAGGGAAGUGACUCUGUGAUACAGAGUAAUGAAACCGCUCUUCAGUACUUCAAGAAAGCUGCAGAUAUGGGUAACCCUGUCGGUCAGAGUGGUCUGGGCAUGGCUUAUCUGUAUGGUAGAGGCGUUCCUGUUAACUAUGACCUGGCUUUAAAGUAUUUCCAGAAGGCUGCAGACCAAGGCUGGGUAGAUGGGCAGCUGCAGCUGGGCUCCAUGUAUUACAAUGGAGUAGGGGUAAAGAGGGAUUACAAACAGGCCCUGAAGUAUUUUAACCUAGCUUCACAAGGUGGGCACAUUUUGGCUUUCUUUAACCUGGCGCAGAUGCAUGCCACGGGCACUGGUGUAAUGCGUUCCUGUCACACAGCUGUGGAACUGUUUAAGAAUGUGUGUGAACGCGGGCGUUGGUCAGAACGUCUGAUGACUGCUUAUAACGGCUACAAGAAUGGUAACUCCAACAUAGCGAUUGUGCAGUAUCUGCUGCUGGCAGAACAGGGCUAUGAAGUGGCCCAGAGUAAUGCAGCCUUCAUCCUAGACCAAAGAGAAGCCAGCAUAGUUGGUGAGAACGAGACCUUUCCCAGGGCGUUGCUCCAUUGGAACCGGGCAGCUUCCCAAGGCUACACAGUGGCCAGGAUUAAACUUGGUGAUUAUCAUUUCUAUGGCUAUGGGACAGAUGUCGACUAUGAGACGGCAUUUAUCCACUACCGACUGGCUUCUGAACAGCAGCAUAGUGCUCAGGCCAUGUUUAACCUGGGAUACAUGCAUGAGAAGGGCCUGGGAAUAAAGCAGGAUAUACACCUGGCCAAACGUUUCUAUGAUAUGGCAGCGGAAGCCAGCCCGGAUGCUCAGGUGCCUGUGUUCCUUGCUCUGUGUAAACUUGGAGUUCUCUAUGCCUUGCAGUACCUACGGGAAGUUAAUGUGAAGGAAAUAUUCUCCCAAAUUGACAUGGACCAGUUGCUGGGGCCAGAGUGGGACCUUUACCUCAUGACUAUUAUUGCAUUGCUGCUCGGCACUGUAAUAGCAUAUCGACAAAGGCAACCACAAGUAGUGCCAAGGCAGCCGACACCGGCUCCACGACCAGCACCGCAGGAUCCGGCACCUCCACAACCUGAGCAGCCGCCACAACCACAGGAAGCGGAGCCACCACAGUGAUAGUACCGUGUGAAUACUCAGGAGAACUUAUGUGUCACAUAAAGACAGAAAAACCCAAACGCUUCCAGGAGACCAGAGCUGGAUCUGUCCGGCAUUGCGUCAGGAUGUAUGCAACCACUUGACUAUGCUGAGUGCUCUGUAAAAUGAAGCAGGAUAUUCUGUUUCAUGGUCUUUAUUUUAAAUUUGUUCUUGUUUGUAAAUAAAAUGCCAGUUCCCUUUUUUUUUUUUUUUCUUCCCCCUCAACAGCAUAGGGCUCUAUCCAUUAUUUAUAAAGACUUUGGGCUCCCCUGUAAUCUUGAACUUUUUCAAUCUGGGAAAAAAAAUCCUCUGGAAAUGUUAGUAGGGCAAAAAUAAGAACUUUUAUGUAAUAAAAUCAAUUAAGAAUAGCACUUUUUUUUUUUUUUUUUUUAAAGUCUUGUUGUGGAACAUUCACAACUCUUCAGAGUGUCCUCCUAAUCCAUUAUCUGGCACCAUUUUUUUAUUUUUUUUUUGUGAAGCAGCAGUGUGUCAUAAGCUGUACGCCUAUUUAUUUUCGAAUGAGUUUCAUAUGCUGCAAGGUAAACUGAAAUUAUCUGUAGUAUGCCUCAGGUCUAAAUUUUAAUAAUAUAUAAUUUAAUAAUGCAGUUUUUUCCCCUUGUAAGAAUUUAUAUUUUUACUGCAGGCGACCAUUUUUCAGUUUAGCGCUGAUGUUGCAAGUGGGCAUCGUUCUGUAACUUAGGCUGGACAUCAUGUUUUGCACAUUGUCUUUGGUAUCUGCACAUUUCUGUUGUACAUUUACAUACGAAGUUUCAGAAUGUGGAGACUGCAGACUAAUUUAUAAUCUGUGUUUUCAUUCUGUUAAGACUGUGAGGGAGAACAAUCUACUUUCAAAUCAAGUGUGUAUGUUUUGUUUUGUGUGUUUGGAGCAAGAAGGAUGUUGAAGUACACCUUAAAGACAAUUAUUUUUGAAGUGAGAGGAAAGGGUUGCUGGCUGCUUUCUUGCCUCACUCUCCUUUAAAAUAAAACCAUAUGCCGACCUGGCCCUUGGAAUCUCAUUAACAUAUUCAUGUUUGAAAAGCCGGCAAAGUACAGCAAACAUGACAAGGGGUGAUAAUUUUGCAAGCAUAGAGAUGUGGUGGUACAUUUUUAAUUCUCUGCUGGCAAAGCUUUGUAAGGGGAAUGGGUCAGGAAUGGUAAAUCGUGACCCUUAUUCUGAGUUUUAUUUAAUUAAUAAAAAUGUAAAACAGUUGCUGUUCA